AUGGGAGGCGGAUCGCUCUUUCAAGUCGGUGAUGAUGUCGAGUUGUGGCGAGUAUUGAUUCACUUGAGCAUCUUGGCUUUAUGCCUCGUUUUCUUUGAGGCUGCUCUCCACCACAUUGAGCACAAACUUGCUCAAUAUGACAAGUACCAGCAAAUGCUUCGGAAAGCGUAUCGAGAGCUCAUGAUUCUUGGUUUACUUAGUCUUGGACUAAAGUUACUCAAGGAAAUGCCAGGCAUCAAUGCAGAAAGCAAGACCAUGUUGGCGUUCCAAGUAGCUGAUCUAACCAUCUUUAUUUUGGCCCUUGCUCUUAUACUGCAAGCAAUCAUUGUCUUCUCACAGCUCCGUAAACACAAUGCAAUAGCUGAUCGCAUCGAAUUGAUCACUGCACAAGACUUGGUCAACGCCAUCAGUCCACCAGCCGGAACGCCACCAACUUCAGCACAAGUUCACACAAACUCAACGAAAUGGUGGGUUUGUUGGCCGAGAAAUCGUACCAAACUGUAUGACCAGGACGUGGUCCAACGUCGACUGCUUCGGCAUUUGUUCCUUCGACGCUUUGGACUUCCGCAGCUCUUUCCAUUUUCAAAGUAUCUCCGUCGCGCUCAAGCAAGCCAGAUCUCGCACAUGAUCGAGAUUGAGCCAUCCACGUGGAUUCUUCUACUCACUGUAGCCUGGAUGCUUUGUGGUCUUCUUAGUGCUCUCCAAAGUUUAGACGUCGAUCUUCCUGAAAGUCACGAACUUGUCGAAGUAUUCUUGAUAUUUGCUUGGGGACUGGUACUGCUUCACAUUAUGGUGCUGCUCUUUUUUCGUUCGUGUGUUCGCCAACUUUUGCUAGCUGCUGGUUAUAGUGACAAUGAGGCAACGUUGGCUGAGAAUCUUCGAGUAAUUGCUGAAGAAGAAGAUGUUGCGUGGCAAAGUGAAGCGGCUGAUAGUGCUCUGAGCACCAUGAACCGGGUACAAGAAGAGCUUGAAGAGAUCGAGGACAGCCGGAAUGCUAAACGACACGUUUUGCUACGGAGAGAUGUUGGACUGCAGCUCGUUGCUACUUGCUAUCGUAAUUUGAAUCAAAUCGGUGUCGCCAAGUUGCGCACAGAACGACUACCUAAUGGGGUGCAAGCUGGAACCCCGAUCAUUCAGAUUGGAUUCUUUUCACGCAAGGCGUGGCAUGUCGCGGUGAUGUUCAUGCUGAUUCUUAACGGGUUCUUUAUUGCUCUGCUUGUGCAAUGCGUUGUCUACGAUUUAGACGACAUCUACGAAGAUUUUGGGCUCUUUCACGCCAUCGUGGUCCCUCUUCCGUUGUUUUUGAACACUUUUGUGUUUCAGCAGCAAAUGUUCCGCUAUUUCGUGACCGUCUGCAGCAUCCUUCGUGUAGACGCCCAUACGUUAGGCGAGGUGGUGAACCAUUUCAGCGAGAUUGUGGAGUUACGGUCCGAGUUUGCGUCCUCGUUACUUGAGUGUCUAAAGGAAGGAGGCUAUACGGUCAUGGAUUUGCGCUGCGAGCUCAACGCCUACGACCCACGACAGACCGGUAUGAUCGACAUCGACAAUCUUCGUGUCGUUCUGACAGCAUUUGGUUAUCGGUUGACACGAUUUCGUUUUAAUACCGUUGCAAUGAUGCUGUUCGAACUCGAUGGAACCCGAGUGGAGUAUAGCCAACUCCUUCGACUAUUGAUGCUUGGACAGCAUGAUACUCCAAAUGAAAGUGGUCCUGUAAGUGAAAGACGUCAACACCGACUAUUGCAACGGAGCGGAACUAUUCUUGAAGACUGUGAGCAACCAAGGUCACGAACGAAUCGUGCAGCUUCCCUGGCAUUGCGUCAAGUACCGUUAAUGCCUCGACCUAGCGUUACGUCCGAACCGUCAUCGAGCGAUUUUGUGAAUAUGAGCACGCCAGGCUUUCGUCGAAUCUCUAUUGCGGGAACGUCCGAAGCCAGCACAAACCCAAAAGCCGAGAUAACUCGUCAAGCUUUGAUGCUAGAUCGCGGGUAUACUUGCCAGUUUGGUGGCUCGAGCUCUCGAGUGCUCCACGAUAUGUUCAAUAUUCACAGAGAAUCAGAAUCUCAAAUGGAUUCGGUACCUUCCGAUACAAUGUACACAGUGCUGUAG